UUUUCAGAUUGUCAAUGCCAAGGUCAACCGGACACACGAAAUAUCGAUUCUUUAUAAACCUUGACGUUUCCGUUAGGACCGGCAGAACAGUGUUUACAAUGUCUUUGACCUUAGUCAGCCAAGCGACGGCCAUGUUGUUGGCCAACUCUACAAAAAUACCACUUCCGAUUCCUAUCGCCCCGGUCGCUACGCUGAACGUCAUAGGCUUACUUCACUACGACCUACAAACCACGCUGACGCGGAUUUUAAACGGCGUGGUCCAUAUCGGAGUCGACAUCUGCGGUAUCGUCACGAACAUCAUCAACAUAAUCGUAUUCGUCCGCGUCGGACUGGUGGACAGCGUGACGAUAACGCUCUUCAGCCUCGCGGUGUCGGAUGUUUGGUUUCUGGUAUUCUACAUCAUCCUGCAGGUCAACUACAUGCUGACCGUGGUGCUGGGCCUGGAGCCAUACGUCCGGCUGACCACGCUGAGCUACCUGAUCGCCUGGUACAUGAACCUGUUCAACGACAUCUCCAUCCUCAUCACCGUCUUCACGGCCGUCCAGAAGUCGGCGUGCGUGGCGAUACCGCUGCUGUUCAAGAACGUCUUCACCCGCCUCCGCGUCACCGCGGUGAUCCUGGGCAUCUACGGCGCGAUGGUCGUCUACUACCUCCCGACGUUUGUGAGCCAAGGCUUCAAGCAGUACUUCGACGUCGCCCUCAACAGGACCCGGCUCGGCUACACGUCUCAGCCUUACAGGAACCUUCUGAGCGAGAUCUACAAAAUAUUCAAUCGCAUGUUCCUCCCUUUCACGUCCCAGGUCGUCAUCAUCAUCUGCAUGUUCAUCAUGAGCUACAGACUCAAGCAGGCGUCGCUGCUCCGGCACAAGAUGACCGGAGAUAAAGAUGGCGGCGACCGCGAGGCGGGAAUGGACAAGGUCAUGAUGAACCCGAAGGAGAUUCGCGCGAUCCAAGUGGUCAACCUCGUGUCGGCCAUAUUUGUCGUCUGCAACCUGCCGGACAUUUUCAUCUUCUUCUGCAGCAUCUACUACCCGGAGUUUAACGACUACGGGAAGUACGAGAUCUCGUUCAAGUUGGCGCAAGCCAUUCAGAAACUUUUAACCGUCAUCAGUGCGACGGUGAACGUCGUUGUGUACUAUAAGUUCAAUACGAAAUACCGGAACACGUUUAACGAAAUGUUGAAGGUGAUGUUCCAUCCAUCACAGUCGUCUGGCAAAGAGAAAAGUUUCCACAAGUAA